CGCCACUGGAAAAGCUUCUUGAUCCCGAGACUGCCAAUCUGAUCAAACUCAUGGAACACGAAAAGCUUCCUUGUGACGAAGCUGAUAACCACGAUGAUGAUUCCGAUUCCGAUUACGAAAACGAUGGCGAUGAUUCUGAUGAUGAGAGUGGUGAACAUUUGAGUGCUGGGAAAGACAGUGAUUCCACUCAGAAGAAAGGCAGCAGAAAGCCUCGACAAAAACCCGCCGCGAAUGUUCGUGAAUACGUUGCUCGUUUGCACGCAAAAGAAGACGAACAAUUUGCCAAGAAAAUGGAGCGAGAAGAAUGCAGAAAGCCUGGUGCAAAGCCUCCACGCAAACGCAAGGUGACAGAAGGCGAUGCAGGGUCGUGCAAAGCCCUGAAGAUGGCAAAUGGCCAUUGUCUAUUGCUGCCUGGCGACUGCUCGCCAGGUUCCGAUGACAGCCCACUGCUCCCCAUUGAGCCCAUCAAAGCAUCGACUCACGCCGAACAAUUUGCUCAAAUCACAGCCAGUAUACCGCAAGAUUGUGACACGAGGCGUGGAGGCACACAAAAGCGAGAUCUGAGGGAAGCCGCGCAAAUAUUUGGCUAUAGAAAGGUUGAAGCUCAGAAUGGCGACUGGAAAUUGAAAGGCAUGGCGACGGCUAUGCGGAGUCAUCAGAUUACGGCCGUGGCUUGGAUGAUGAAGAGAGAGCUGGCUCGGUCGGAACCACAUGGCGGAAUCUUGGCCGAUGCCAUGGGUAUGGGCAAGACAAUCAUGAGCCUUGCCUGCAUGAUUGGGAAUCCGCCAGAUGACAACGACUGCGAAAAGUUUUGUAAUGCCACUUUGGUGGUUGUGCCAAACAAAACAAUUGCUCAGCAGUGGGAGAGCGAGACGCGGAAACACUGCUUGCCACCGUACAAACAUAUGGUUUUCAUAUAUGACCCAAAACGAGAAGAUUUGCGAGAAAUUUGCAGAGAAAACUUCAUUGUCAUUGUCACAUACAAAGAAGUGUUUUCUCAGUACCCAAGCGAUGAUAUCCUCCGGAAACUUCUUGAGAAGUAUGACAGCGACGAUGAUUCUUUUAGGAUCGAGUUGGACAAAAUUUUGGGUACCGUGUUCCGUAUCAACUGGUACAGGAUCAUCCUUGAUGAAGCACAUGCUAUCAAGAAUGCUGACAGCCGCACUUCUAAAGCGUGUUGUGCGCUUGUCGGAAAAUAUCGCUGGGCCUUAUCGGGUACGCCUCUGGCCAACAGCUCCCAGGAGUUGUUCCCUUACAUGAAAUUUCUGAAGUGUGAAUGGACAGUGAGCCGCAAAGAAUUUCGCUCAAUGUUCUUUACAGCAACGGAUGAACCGAACCCUCAGUUUGUGGCAUUGACUAGCCUCAUGAUGUAUCGGCGGACUAUCGAUGAUGAAUUUCUAGGGCGGCAAAUCGUCUCUCUUCCAGAGAGAAAAGAAGUUGAUAUUUGGGUUGCUCUGUCGAAAGAGGAACAAGCCGUUGUCGAUGCCGUGUGCAAACAUUAUAUGCUCAGGCAAAAGCUUAAGGAUCUGUCAAAGCUUGGAUUGGGACUUGACGAAGUUGGGCCUGACGAAGGCCUUCCAGAAGAACGACAAAGCCCAAAAAAGGGCAAUAAAAAGCCCAAAUCUAAAAAGCCUUCAGAGAAGGGACUAGCAUGGAUUUUGCAACGCGCCAGCCAAGUGAGACAGCGUCAAACCAUAUCUCAUAUCUAUUGCAUUGAGCGUCUUCUCCGCAAUGAGUUCUACCUUAAAGACCUCAUCGAGUUGAGAGCCGCUCUGGAGGAAAUCGGCGCCAAACAAACCAUCUUGGAACAACUGCAGCUUGGCGUCGAAGAAGAUACUGGUAUCAAGAAAUACCAAAAAGGAUUGCAAAUGAUGCAAGAGCGAGAAGAGAAUUUCUUUGGUAAAUAUCUCGACAUGCGGCCGAUCUUGGACAUUUUGGGAGAAGAGGCGAGCGUGAAGGGUGUCGCUUGUCUUCUCUGCGGGAAGCCGCCAGUUGACCCGGUAUUCUCUUAUCAAAUGUGUCUCCAUGAAGGUUGUAACGAAAAUCUGGGUAUAGGUGAGGAUAUCGAAACCAUUCAAAAGAUCGUGGAAAAAGCCGAAGCAGAUGGCAGUACAUAUCGCGAGCCUGGAAGAGACAGCAUGAAUGCUGCCGUUCACCAAGAUGACGACCGAAACGGCUUCUUCAUUGUCAGCACGUUUCUUGAUGAAGUUCCCAUCCUUCCUAGCACAAAGCUGACCGCGGCCAUGGCUGUUUUGCUCACAUGGAGGGAUGAGGCACCGGAUGACAAGGUUCUCAGUAAGUCCCCUAAAGUAGAAAUUAUGUGUGAGGCUGUAAAUGUUGACACGGGUUUGUUUCUUGUUUGUGCAGUUUUCACUCAGUUUACUGGAACGGCAAAGAUGCUGGGAUUCAUGCUUCAGACCCUCAAGAUCGGAUUCAGGUAUUACUACGGUGGUCUUGCGCAGACGCAGAAGAGUCAAGCGCUGACGGCGCUAAGAGAAGAUGAUGGAAUACAGGUUUUGGUUGCAACUUUGAGAAGCGGCAAUCAAUCUCUUAAUCUCACAGUGGCGAAUCGAGUGAUCAUCAUCGACCAGUGGUGGAACAAGACAGCAGAACAACAAGCCUUUGGUCGCGUUGUUCGAAUUGGCCAAGAAAAAGUCACCCACCUGGUGAAUAUCAAGACCAGGGAACCCAUCGAUGAUCGCAUCUACAGUCUCCAGAGGAGGAAGGCCAAGGAUAUCGACCGUACUUUGCAAGAUGACGGCAAACCGCGGCCCCAAAUGAACGAACUCGAGCUGGAGAAGGCCUUUUUACGCAAAAAGGCCGCGGAGGAGGAGAAGGAGAAGAAUAAAAAAGCCAAAUCCAAGGCUGGCAAGAAAAGUGCGGCGAAGGCUUCGCCCAAGAAAAAUGAUUGACCUGGGCUAUAUUAGAUGGGUACAUGAGCGUUCAUUCUUUUACUUAUUUUCACUUCCACGGAGCUGGGAUUACGGGCGAAAUAGUUUUUUCUUUGCGACAGAUUCAGCACGGACACGAGGGUUUAAGAUUAUGGGCGAAAAUUCUUUUGCUGCGAGACGCAUUUAGCAUGGGCGGCACGGGGA